AUGGCAACUGCAAUCAGUUCAUUUACACCCUUUACAUUUAAUCAACAAUCAUAUUACUAUCCAACAUUACCAUCAACUUUUUCCUUACCACCUUUUUCCAAUAAUUUUUACUUUCCACAACAACAACAAAUACAGCCACAGCAGCAACAACAAACAAUACCAACUCAAUAUGUGGAUUCUGGAAUACAAUCAUUACGUCCUCGUCGUCAACCUCGUAUUUAUCGAGAAGUAAUUGUAUUGCCAACACCUGAGCCAACUUAUCGACAAGUGCGAUAUCGAUUACCAACACCCGAACGGCAAGUUAUUCAACGAACAGUUAUUCAAAGAGGAAAUGGUGAGGUUGUUGUUCGAGAAGAACGACCAAGAACAAAACCAAGAAGCCAAAGUCGAGUGGAAUAUGGCACACAAAGACGGUCACGUCGUUCACGACAAGUUCAUACCGAUUAA